AUGUCUACUAGCAAGACAGAAUACUCACUGAGGGAAAGAUGCAAGGAUGUGUGGGAAGAGAUGCGCCGUGAUUGGAACGGUGUCAUGGAAAAUCCACAGCAAUAUGAUCUCGAGCAAAGAAAAAAUGAUACUGAUAGUCAAAUGAACGAUGGGAUGACGGAUAGCUCACAAUCGUCCGACGGAAUUGUCACCGAUGACAUUAGUGACACGGAGCCAACAGAACCAUCCGACAUCAACAUCUCGGUACUUGACUACCACGUCUACAUCAGUCGUCUCAGAGACAGCUUGAUACAAAAUGCUGCUGAUGAUGUAAAGCAUUGGAAUAUGAUGGAUAAGGAUCUUGGUCGCAUCUUACAAUGCAGUGUUCCGUCAUGGCAGGAAGCACAUCCUCAACUCCUCGAUCACACAGUUUCUAUUCUAGAAAGACUCCCAAAAUCGUCACUGCCGCUUUCGAGGAGUUUGUGA